AUGCUUAUAUGUACUCGUGGAGGUGCAGAGCGACCUAAAACAAGUGAUUGUGCGAAGCCAAUUCAAGUUUCAAAUAAAACAGGGUGUGGUGCUAGGAUUUGUGCAAAUUUAUGUGAUGAUGGAACGUGGUUUUUGAGUAAAGUUGAGUUGAUGCAUAAUCAUUCGUUAAGCCCGGGCAAGGCGAGAUUUUUUAGAAGCAAUAAGAAAAUUAGUGACACUGCGAAAAAAAGACUUGAGCUAAAUGACAGAGCAGGAAUACGUUUGUGUAAAAAUUUCAAUUCAUUAGUUGUUGAAAGUGGGGGGUUUGAGAAUCUUUCAUUUGGAGAGAGAGAUUGUCGGAAUUAUAUUAACAAGGCAAGAGAACUCAAUUUUGGUAAAGGUGGUGCUCAAGCACUUUGUGAUUACUUCAGAAGAAUGCAAAAGCAGAAUAGUGGCUUCUACUACGUAAUAGAUGUGGACGAUGAUUGUAGGUUAAGAAAUGUUUUUUGGGCUGAUGCACGGAGUAGGGCAGCGUAUGAUUUCUUUGGAGAUGUUAUUACGUUUGACACAACGUAUUUGACCAAUAAAUAUGACAUGUCAUUUGCUCCUUUUGUAAGAGUGAAUCAUCAUGGUCAAUCUAUACUUUUGGGGGCAGGACUAAUUUCAAGAGAGGAUACAGACACAUUUGUGUGGUUGUUUAAAUGUUGGUUGGAGUGCAUGAAUGGCCAAGCCUCUAAAGCAAUUAUGACAGACCAGGAUAGAGCUAUGAAAAAUGCAAUCGCUAUUGUUUUUCCUGAAAGUCGUCAUAGAUAUUGUAUGUGGCACAUUUUAAAAAAAUUGCCUAAAAAGUUUAGAUCACAUGCUAAUUUUGAUGGCAUUAAGGGUGCCAUUAAUAAAUAUUUGUAUGACUCUCAAACAUGUGAAGGAUAUGAGGAAAAUUGGAAAGAUCUUCUGGAGAAGUAUAAUCUUCAUGAUAAUGCAUGGUUGAAUGGGUUAUAUAUGGAUAAGACAUUUUGGGUGCCGGCAUACAUGAAAGAUACGUUUUGGGCGGGAAUGAGUACUACACAGCGAAGUGAAAGAUGA